AGCUGUCACACAAAAUUGAUAGACUAAAGGAACGAGGAGUAAAAUCAUUGAGAAGACAAGGCAAAAUUAGAAAUUAGUUGAAAUUUGCAUUUUUUCCCCUCUAUCUGGAUCUUUAUGAAUUAUAAUCUUAUGAUCUGAAUUGUCGACUAGAGGCAAACUGAACCAUUCCUAAGUGCUAAAUUUAUUUUUCAGGAAGAUACUGCCACAUGUUUCUUUGCGUUCACUGUCUAAAGGAAAAUGUCGCCUGCACUCAGAAUGGUCAGUGUUGUCAUGGCCAGUGUACAUACGGGCGAUGUAAGAAAGAUGCUGCUGGAGGAGCACCUGGAACAUUUUGUGAUCGACACGAUGAUUGCAAAGAUCCUCCUGGAACAUGUUGCGUAAGGGAGUCGGCUAUCAAUCCACAUAUCUCUAUUUGCAAGCCUCCUUUGGAAGAGAACAUGGUUUGUGGUCCAAUCAACUUCUUUAAAAAUGUUUACAUCGGUGCUCAGGUUCAACAAGCUUGCGGACCAUGCAAAAAAGGACUUGUUUGCAAGCAAGUCGGAAUAUUUGGAGUGCACGAGAUUUACGUCAUAGACACUUCAGAAGGUGCCAUAAUGUUAGAGAGAAAUGCAUGUGGAUGGAUGAGAGGUGGUGUCAAGAGUGAUUAG